AUGCCCCUGACAUUACCAACGUGGUCCAUUGAUGAAGACAUCUACAAAGGGUUCUGGAUCAAUCAAUCACUUGGUGCAGUUCGUGGCGCGACCCUUACACUUGACCGUCAAGCUGGUGGUCUGAUCAUAGCCUUUCUCGCUUUGUUUAUUGCUGCCACAUCGCGUAGCUUCUGGAAAAUUACGCGAUUUCUGGUCUAUGCCACUGAGUCAACCCUCAGUAAGCAGGACGGUGUCUACCACCAGCGACAGGCCAUCUUGCGCAAUCAAUCAUUAGCACUCGAUGCCGUGCUGGAUCUGUGUCGACUCAGCUAUGUCUGGCGAGGUCGCGCCAAGGGGAGCCAACAGCGGAUACUGCCGGUCGUCCUGAUAGCUUCUGCUAUUUCUGUCGCUUCUGUCGCUGCUGGUCUUUUGUCCUCGAGAAUUUUGACAAACUCGAAUAACGAAGUUUUGAUAGCUGGCCGAAAUUGUGGGGUGUACGUCAACGAUCCGGACUUCCGAGCGUCUACCAUGGAGCCCAUCAUGCUUUAUCAGAGUCAGAAAUCUGUCGAAGCCUUUACAUAUGCGACGCAAUGCUACCGCGGGGGCGACACUGCCCAGAACGAACUGUGCGAAACGUUUGCGAGACCAAAAUUACCUUUUACGUCAGAGAAAAACGCUUCGUGUCCAUUUGCCAGGGGGAUCUGCAAGUCAGACGUUGGUAACAUCCUCCUCGACUCAGGCGUACUAAGCUCUGAGUUACACCUGGGCCUCAAUAAAAACCCACAGUUUACUCUUCGCCAUCGGACGCACUGCGCGCCUUUGAAAACAGCUGGCUUCACCGACACCGUCGUGGCCCCAAAUAACUCCCAGACUCGACAGGUCUAUCGAUAUGGGAACACAUAUGGACUCAAGGGCAAUGACAGUCAUAUCUUCGCAGUUGACGUUAGGUACGAAAAGCCGUCGUUCGACGGCGUUACUAUUGGCAACUAUAAAGUCACAGCCCUGACAGCCUCCGAUUCAGAAAAGGAUAUUGAGCUCAUAACAGAACUAAGGAAACCCAAUGCGUCCGUGUCAUUGUUAUUUCUAGAUGCCUCGGAAGUCGUAUACGCCAACAAGACAGAGGAUCCUUGGUUCUCGGCUACAAGCCUCUUUGAUGACAGCUCUUUGGCUUCCAGCGCGAACGGCAGCCAUUACUUCGUUGCUGACGAGCCUGUUGGUGUACUGGGCUGCGUAACUCAGAGGUCGUAUUGCAACCCGAACCUUCCCGAAAAUGUUGGAUGCAUCGAUGGUUUCGCUGUUAUUAGUGGUCAGUAUUCGUUGGACCCGUUCAAAAGUGCCUGGCCAGACGCGAACGAUCAAUCUGCGAUGCGCGCAUUUGUGGCUGCACUGAGCAAUCAAGGCGCUGGCCUGUUGGAUGCCUAUUAUGCUAUACCAAACUCACCAACCCUUCUAUCACGCAGUACCAUAUUUCUUAACAUGCAGGUAGCCACUAUACCGAAGGACCGAUGGCAAGACGAGCGCGAAUACCUAUACAAAGCUAGUCUUGCUGCUAUACAAUCUAUGAUGGUCGAGCAUGCUAGAGGGUUUACUUUGAGCAAAAACAUGUACUGCGAGGGUGAAAAGGAGUGCCGUAGGAUAUGUCAUAGCCAGAAAAUCCGCUCCUCCAAGCACUAUUCUUUCAGCGCCUGGAUCUUAGGUGUGAUCCUUAUCGUAGGAAGCACGCUGAUGCUCAUAUCGACGUUCGUGGAGGAGCUUUUCGCCCUUCUUUUACGAUAUCCGCGCCUUCGCAGUGCAAAGUUGAUGUACAGCCACGCCGAGUGGCAAGCCGGAUCCACCUUACAGCUGCAACGCCUAGCACAUGAGAACCUCGGUCUUGGAACCUGGACGCGCACGGAUGAGGCGAUACCAAUCACUGAGCUAGGAGACACUCUGGGGGUACUGGAUGUCGCCAAUUCAAAGCACGCGCGCAUGGUCGUACCGACCGAGGAACUCGACAUCGUUGACUCCGUAGAAGGUCCAUUCAUCAACGCCAAACCAACUGCGCGCUAUUCAAGACUACCGAGUACGGAGAAUCUUUGA